AUGACGACUGUCACCCGACACUCCAUUUACACAAUCAAUGAAGUACCAGUGAGAAGUCGGGCUUACAGAGUAUCACCCUUGAAGCGCUCCAUCAUCCAGCAACAUCUUGAAGAGAUGAUUAAGGAUGGGAAUAUUGAACCAUCCUCUUCAGCCUGGUCUUCUCCGGUGGUCUUGGUGGAGAAACGUGGAGGAUCAUAUAGGUUUUGUGUUGAUUAUCGUCAACUUAAUAACAAGACCCAUUUUGAUGCCUUCCCAAUGCCUUGGGUUCAUGAGAUCUUGGAGACUCUCCAGGAUGCCUCCGUGUUCAGCACUCUUGACUUAAAAUCAGGAUAUUGGCAGGUGGCGAUGGAUCCGGAAAGCAUUCAGAAGACAGCAUUUAUUACUCCUUUUGGUCUCUAUCACUUUAAAGUGAUGCCCUUUGGGCUGAAGAAUGCCGCUGCAACUUUCCAGCGCUUGAUGCAGCAGGUGCUUGGUGAUUUGAAUGGACAGUGUUGCUUCGUAUACAUAGAUGACAUCAUCAUCUACUCCUCCAGCAAAGCUCAACACUACAAAGAUCUUUCUCUUGUCCUCGAUCGUCUUCACAGUGCCAAUCUCACCCUCAAUCUGAAGAAGUGCCACUUCCUCAAAGACUCUCUCAACUUCCUUGGACACGUCGUUUCAGGGGAGGGGGUCUCUCCUGAUCCUGGAAAAAUCAAGGCAAUUCGGGACUAUCCUGCGCCGUCCAAUCUGAAGGAAGUUCAGAGGUUUCUAGGACUUGUGGGAUGGUACCAUAAGUUCAUCCCACAUGUUGCUGACCUUUCUGUUCCUUUGAACAACUUAAAAAAGAAAGGUGUAUCAUGGGAGUGGACUGACGCCUGUCAGGACAGUUUCAAUGCCCUUAGGAAAGCUCUGUUAACACCACCAGUGUUAGCUCAGCCCAACAUGGCUCUACUCUUCAGGGUGAGCACGGAUGCCAAACCGGGCGAGAUGUUGGGACUUGACCUCAUGGGGCCGUUUCCCAAGAGCAAAAAAGGCAACGUCUACCUCCUGGUGGUAGUGGAUUACUACACCAAAUGGGUUGAGAUGUUUCCCCUAAAAAACAGCAAGACUCCCAAGAUCGUCAGAACCUCGGAGAUGUCAUCAGAGAAGAGUGUACCAGGUGAGAGGGCUCAAGAGGCUGAACUCCAGGUAGAAAUGAAGAAAACGCAGGUCAGCCAAAUCACUCACUUUCCUGAGGACACCAGAGAAGUGCCCAGCUCAGAGAGAACUCUGGACACUACACCCAUCAUCCCCAAUCCUCAAGACCAGGACAAACUUCAGGGUCCAGCAGACACCUCGCCUGUCACCUCCACUGGUCAAGGGAUCCAGAGCAUGCCUGCUUCAAGAUUUCUGUGUACAAAACUUCCUCCUGGAGAGAUAAAGAUAGGCUCAGUGGGAAGUGACACUGCUUCUCUGAGCUGGGGCAGUCCUGACAAUAUGGAUGGGAUCCCACACAGCUUUAAAAUUACCUACUCUAGCUCUGAUAGGAGUCACCAAGACUCCAUUACUGCACGCACCAAUUCCACAGUCAUCUCAAAGCUGAGACCUGGGACAGAGUACAGCUUAACAGUCAACACAGUGCUGGAGAAUGGGACCCAGAGCAUGCCUGCUUCUGCAUCUGUCUGUACAGAAUCACAUCUAGAAGAUUUGCUGUGCAAGCUGGGACUGGAGAACUACUUCCCAGCACCAAGUACACAGAAAAACAUAAACUCUCUGAAAGGCUUGGCAUCAAAAUUAAAAUUAAGUGGAAGUCGGAUCCUAUUUAAGAAACAGCAGACCAAUGAUGCAGAAUUUGUGAUGAAACUGCGCUUAACUAUGAAUGAUAUCAUGGAAAACUGUCAACACAAAAUGACCAUUGAAGGCAUGUCUGUUGAAGCACAUGAAUUGGGGAUCUCUGUAGAUGAAGACUGCACUGAAUGUCAGGACGCUAAGAGAAGUGCUGCAGAAAUCACAUCUGGAAUCGACGAUGUGGUGCGAUAUAAAGAGGAUCAGUUGCCAUUGCAAGGGAAGCUUUGGAAGGAGCUGGCUAAAAUAGAAAAGGAGGAGUGCAGGCUACGGAAGGCAGGAGACCAGCCUAUUGAACAAUAUAAAGCCAAUCUGCAAAGAGAAAAACAGAAACUGAGACAACAACAAAGCAGUUAUGAUUUGACUGAAGCAAUGCAGUGUUUCAUCACUGCCAUAUGCAAUGAAAGCAAACAAGAACGAUCCUAUUUUCUAAAGUGGAUGAGGAUGAACUUGGAUGUUAAGGCACGAAAAAAGCUUUCUGGUCUUCGUGAUGAAUACAAAGAAAAGAGUUGCAAGUUGUCAGAGAACAAAGAGAUAAUUGCAGCUCUGGAUAGACAAAUAUCAAACAGCUCUUUAGGAAUCGAACAUUUCAUGCGUGAGAUGGGCCAGCUUUAUGAAGCAGCGUGCUCCCUUCCCUCAGAAAAUGCGUAUCGUCAGCAAUUUCAACAUCUUCCCAGUUUUGGGGCUGAUCUGCUGUUGGAUGGCUUCCCCCUUGAGCUGGUGGAUGGAGAUGCAUCAAAUAUCCCUGUAAGGUGGGUGGCUGAUGUUUUAACAAAGCUCCAUGAGAAAGUUCAACACAAGAGCAGGGUGCUGGUUGUAACAGUGUUGGGAGUCCAAAGCACUGGAAAGUCUACCCUCCUCAACACAAUGUUUGGGGUUCAGUUUGCAGUUAGCAGUGGCAGAUGCACGAGAGGAGCCUUCAUGCUGUUAAUCAGAAUCAAAGAGGAUCUUAAAGAAGAGCUGAACUGUGAUUUUAUCUUGGUAAUUGACACUGAAGGUUUAAAAUCUCCAGAGCUGGCACAACUAGAAGACAGCUACGAACAUGACAAUGAGCUUGCAACACUGGUUGUAGGUUUGAGUGACAUCACAAUAAUAAACAUUGCAAUGGUGAACUCCACAGAGAUGAAGGAUAUCCUACAGAUCGUGGUGCACACCUUUCUUAGAAUGAAGGAACUGGGGAAGAAACCAAACUGUCACUUUGUACACCAGAAUGUGGGGGACAUGUCUGCUCAUGACAAAAACAUGCGGGACAGGAAAAUGCUUUUAGAACAGCUGAAUGAGAUGACACAGGCAGCUUCCAGAAUGGAAAAGAAGGGACCCAACAAAAAAUUCACUGAUAUAAUGGAGUAUGAUGCAGAGAACAAUAACUGGUACAUCCCAGGCCUGUGGCAUGGUAACCCUCCAAUGGCUCCAGUGAACACUGGCUACAGUGAGACUGUGUAUCAGUUCAAGAAGAGCUUGAUUGAGCUGUUAAAAAGCUGCAAUGACCAAAAACCUCCUGCACAAAUUACAGAGUUCUUGGAGUGGGUGGAAAGUUUGUGGAAAGCAGUUAAAUAUGAGAAUUUCAGGUUCAGAAUUAGUCUAGUGGCUGAGGCUUACUGUAAUCUCUGUGUUGAGUAUAAUACUUGGGAAUGGGACUUCCGGAAGCACAUGUAUACCUGGCUAGCAAAUGCUGAGACAAGGAUUUCUAACCUUUGCAGCUCAAACUAUGAUGACUUUAUGUGCAGUUUAACAGCUGAGGCAUCUUCCGAAUUGGCAAAGCAAGAAAACGAAAUUCAGGAGAAACUGGCUAAUUAUUACAAGAAAAAGAAUAGAAAUGUCCAUCUAGUGGAAAAGCACAGAAAAGACUUUGUGUACUGCAUUAAAAGUCUUAGGAGAGAAAUUGAAAAACUCUGUGAAAAACAAAUGCGAGACCGACAUUGCUAUACACAAAGAGAUGAAAAAAAUUAACGCAGUUCGUUAAGAAUAUAG